AUGCAGCAGUAUGGCUUCAAGUGGCCGGCUACGCUGAGCUGCGAGCAGCUGCCGCGGAUCAGCGAACAGCAGACGACCGGCAAUAUCUGUGCUGCGCCACCGGAUACACCUGAUCCGAGUGUUCUGGAUCCUGUUGAGGUAAGUGCCGUAUGCCUGUUUUCCAGGCUAGGCAAACCAACGUGCUAUCAAAUUACUUGCUAUGCUUUCUGUAUCAUUUCCAAUGUGCCCGUUGCUACUCACUUGUAA